AUGAAUUUCGAGGUAAAGCCGGAAUAUGGUUCCUACAUGCUUGAACUAACACCAACCUUCCCCUAUAACCAGUAUGCCUGUAGUCUUAACGGCAUUGAGAGCAACAUGAAAAACAGACGUAUAUCAAUUUCCGAGUAUCUCAAGCCAAAUGAGCAUCUCCUUAUGAUUCCUCAUUUUCCUCUGCUCGGAGAGGGGGAUUUUGCUGCUGUAAUGGGUCCGCUGCAUGGAGCGGACGCAGAUUCUGACUAUGUCCCAGAUACCAUAAUCAGUCCGUUUACUCGUUUUUCUGCUCUCACCCGCAAUAUCCGAAAACGUCGCGGAUCCAAGGUCAAUAUCGAGGUCCCCACGUUUAUGGACGAGAACACGACGAUUCCUCCCACGAUCCACAUGGACGCCAUGGGUUUUGGCAUGGGAAGCUGCUGUCUCCAAGUCACAUUCCAAGCCGAAAACAUCGAGGAAAGUCGGAUUCUCUACGACCAGUUAGUUGUAAUCGCUCCCUAUGUCAUGGCGCUGACCGCUUACUCGCCCAUUUAUCGAGGCCGUUUGGCUGACAUCGAUACGCGCUGGACCGUCAUCAGUCAGUCUGUGGACGAUCGAACCGAGGCAGAACGGAAUGGACCCGAUCGAAUCAUGAAGAGUCGCUAUGACAGCGUGGAUAUGUUCAUCAAUCCGGACAGUUCCUAUGCCAAAUAUAACGAUCUGGAUGUCCGCAUCGACCAAGAAUCGUACGAUGUGCUGCGCGCGAACGGAAUCGAUGACAUGCUCGCGAAGCACAUCGCUCACUUGUUCAUUCGCGACGCCCUCGUCACCUAUGACGACUAUGCGUCGUACAGCGACACCGAGACAUCCGAGCACUUCGAAAACAUCCAGUCCUCGAACUGGCAGAGCGUUCGCUGGAAACCUCCCACCAUCGGAGGCUCUGUCGAGGCGUGGCGAGUCGAGCUCCGAACCAUGGAAGUCAUGCUCACCGAGUUUGAGAAUGCCGCGUUCACCGUGUUUGCCGGGCUUCUCUGCCGCGCCAUUCUCUUCUACAACCUCGAGCUUUACAUCCCCAUGUCCAAAGUGGACGAGAACAUGAAGCGUGCGGAGAAGCGGAACGCGAUCCUCGAGCAGAAGUUCUGGUUCACCAACUGUGGCGUGCCGAACACGAGUCGCCAAGCGGCCUUUCCGUGCGUCUGCUGCGAUUGUCCGGUGCAUUACAGCGAGUACUCCAUCCUCGAGAUUCUGGAUGGGAACAAACACUUCCCAGGAUUCAUCCCGCUGAUUCGGAGCUACCUGGAGGUGAUCAAUUGCUCGCCCUCCACGCGAAAGACCGUGAGCAAGUACCUCGACUUCAUUCACAAACGCGCUACGGGAGAGAUUCUUACGGGCGCGGCGUGGAUGCGGAAGUUCAUUAUGAGCCAUCCGAGCUACAAGCAUGACAGCAUCGUGCCUCAGGACAUCAUCUACGAUAUGCUGGAUCGCCUGGUGAAGGUAGCAAUCCCGGCGCGGCCUCAUUUGCUCUAG